AUGUCCCGCGACAUAUACAAGGGCGGGAGUUCUCGGGUGUCAAAAAUUAAACGGCCACAUUGCAAGGGGAAAAAGUCUCCGCCCCCGGGCAGGAAGGACAAAGUGUCUACUUUUGGAUUGGGGGACCUGGAGUUCCAGCGUUCAAAAAUGCAUUGCCACAUGACGGAAAUUCUUGGGCAGUUGAAUAUACUUUUUGUUGAUUGUUUAGUCUAUGGAAAUGUGGCUGAACAAGUGACAAGUGCCUACAAUGCAACUGAGAUCAAGAACCCAAAAGAGGGUUACAGGAAGGAGAUGUCUGAUACAAUUCAAGCUACAUUAUAUCAAACUUUAAAUUUAAUGAAGCUAAAUCACAUCAAUUAUGAAUCUUGUGGUUUACAACUAAUAUAUCGGUACACUUUAGACGAACUUCCUCCCCUACUGCAACGUUUAAAAGUACGAGCUGAAUCCUUUGACCAUUGGGCUGUCAAGGUGAAGGAAGCUUUAGAAGCAAAGCCAGAAGACAAGUUAGAAUUGAGUGAUCUGCGAGAGCUAGUAGAGGAAGCAGAAGCACAGCGGUUUCCAGAGAGUGAAUUGUUGCAGACUUUGAUUCAAGCAGUGACAGAGGCAGAAAAAUGUGCUACUGUUGCUGCUCAUCUUGCCACAAAGAAGGUUCGCACCAGGACCCGAGGAAGUGGAGAAGCUAAAAGUAGAUUAACACUAGAGGAGCUAAGAUUAUUCCACGAGCAAAUAGAAUCGCUGGCUUGUGUUGUGCGUGAAGGUGAGGCUGUAAAAGAGCUCUUGACAAGAGUGACAACCUUCCAAGCAGAGGCUAUAGACCUGCUCAAUCAAGAAAUACCAGACUCUGAGGUCAUUGCCAAAAUGGUUGAUACAGGCUGUUCUCUAGAUAUUGAUCUACCAGAGUUGCCCAGACUCAAACAUAAACUGCAGCAGGUUAGUGCGUAUAAUCACUUUUUAAUUUGCUCCCUCUGAUCAGCUGAAGUUCAG